AUGGUACUUUCCUCUCUAGCACGUACCGUUUAUGCUUAAAUUUCAAGGGCAGCGUGUGCCGUGAGGUUAAAACUUCCAGCAAACCGCAGGCUGUAAAGAAAGCACUGCCUGGGACUGCGUAGAUCCACUAUGCUCUGCAAAGCCGGUUAUAUUCGCAGAUGCGCCGCUUCCCUGAGCUGCCUGGCGUCCAGGCAGAAGCAUACGCUCCCCGAUCUCACCUAUGACUAUGGGGCGCUGGAGCCGCACAUCAAUGCGGCGAUCAUGCAGCUUCACCACAGCAAGCAUCACGCCACCUAUGUCAACAACCUCAACGUCACCGAGGAGAAGUACCAGGAAGCACUGACCAGAGGUGAUGUGACUACACAGGUCGCCCUCCAGCCUGCACUGAGGUUUAACGGCGGUGGUCACAUCAAUCACACCAUUUUCUGGACCAACCUCUCUCCGAACGGCGGUGGGGAACCUCAAGGGGAGCUGCUGGAGGCUAUCGAACGUGACUUCGGAUCCUUCCAGAAGAUGAAGGAGAAGAUGUCCGCGGCAACCGUUGCCGUGCAGGGCUCAGGCUGGGGCUGGCUGGGGUUCGAGAAGGAGAGCGGAAGGCUACGGAUCGCGGCGUGCGCCAACCAAGAUCCCCUCCAGGGAACCACAGGUCUUAUUCCCCUUCUUGGGAUUGACGUGUGGGAGCACGCCUACUACCUCCAGUACAAGAACGUCCGGCCGGACUACGUGAAGGCGAUCUGGAACGUGGUGAACUGGGAGAACGUGUCCGAGCGGCUUCAGGCCGCCAAGAAAUGAGACUGGCCCUGUGGAACGGGAGGUGUGGAAAAUGAGCGAACUCCUCUUCCUGCAAACGACCUCUCAUUAUCCGCCUGCUCGAAGUCAGACAGCCGUGCCCCGCAGUGGCUGUUCGGACUGAUGUGGUGCCUGCGAACAUAGAGCCAAUAUUUGCUGACUUUAGAUUGUAUGCAGCCUUAUUUCCCAUCAUGCAUCGCUUCAGCGGCAUCAAGUGAUGAGAGCUUAGGUCUGUUGCCGUGCUUCAUUAAAAUUAUUUGCGGGAGUUCAGUCCAUGCUUCCUCCCUUUUAUGAUCCCCUGAUUGUGCUUUAUCCUCCUCUUCAUCACUACUGACUGGAGAAGUGGCACACCUCUCCCUGACUGUAGCUUAUAGGCUGUAGUUUCCUCUUGAGCAGCUAGGGGGCGCUUGUGUGAUGAGGCUGCCUGAAUGCUGGAACAGUAGUGGCACAAGCUUGAUCCUGGGGGACUACCCUGUGUAUGCUGUCUUUAAGCUCUACCAUAAUUGCGUCCUUUGAGUUGUAAAAAGAUCCUAAUUGUUCUUGGACAGUUUGUUGAGUUAAAGAAGCCCUUUUAAGGUCUCAUUAUUUUAAAAUAGCUAUAAAUCCCAUAAGGAAGGAUGUUCUAUAUUCAUAUCCCUGGACCCUUAAUCGGUCAGAUCAAGCAUUACUUUAUUUUCUGUCAUGUGCUUUAUGGGAAAUGAUUAAUUUAGAGCGGUUAUUCUUUUAAUUGUGGACUGAGAAAUUAAAGGAACCGGGGUCCUAAUUGCAAAAAUUGUGAACCCCUUCACUGGAACUAGUGUUUUUGGAAAAUGAAGUUAAGUGUCUGAUCAAAAUGGCAGCGAAUCAACCUAUUGUUUGCACAUUUAUGUUAAAAUAGAUUUAAGGAGACGGUUAUGGAAGAACGUUGAGCAGCGUUUGGUUCCAACCAGCAAGUCACCGAUGGCACGCCGCCUGUUAUUGGCUGAGUGAGGCCUGACUGUGACAUCACAUUUGAGUAGCACAUACCAUGAGUUAAAAUAAUCAAAAACAAACUCCGUAUUGACACGAUGUCAUAAAGCUUUGAGUAUGACUGCGGGCUGAAGUGCUUUCCCCCUCUUCAUCUGAAGCUGUGCUUAUGUAACCUGUUGGUUUCCUAAAAAAAAAAUGCAGCUUGGCUUCUUAAGCUGCAUAAUGAUUUAUAUUUACUGGCCUUGGAGGAUAAAUGGAAAUGGUGUAUAUUACUGAAACAAUUCAAAUCCAAGCCAUGUGGAUUUGAUUUUUUAUUUUUUACUCUCUGUAUUAAUGAUCAACGAACAGUGA